CAACCCAACCCAACAGUCUCCUGCCGUUAGAGCCAGAAGCCCAAAACUCGACUUGUUCGUCUACCCUCGAGCAAAAACCAAUUUGAAACAAUCUCAAAUUCAUACCUCUUUGCCGGAAAAUGUUGAAACAGAGGAAAACCACUUCAGCACCAAAUGCUUCUUCACAAAGCUCACCAAUUUCGCAGAGCGUAUUCAACAGCUUCAUCUCUGAGUUGGAGAACCAAUAUCAAACAAGCUCAGCUAGCUUCCCAAAUCUCCUACGCUCUCUUACAAAGACGCAACUGGGUACCACUCCUCCGAAACCUCAGUCUCUUCCCCAAACUGACGCCUGCUCUCUUUCUCCAAAUCCUCCAUAAAACCCAGAACAACCCACAAGUCUCUUUGGAGUUCUUCAAUUGGGCCAAAGUAAAUUUGAGGUUUGAACCGGACCUCAAAUCCAACUGCCAAAUCAUCCGAGUCUCACUUGGGUCGGGCCUUGUUCGACCCGUGAAACCCAUCUUGGAUUCUCUAAUUCAAACUCAUCCUGUAUCAGAGCUUGUACAGUGCAUUACUCUAGCAUGUAAAGGUACAGAUUCUCAAUCCACUACGUUAAGUUUUGUUCUUGGAUGCUAUUCAAGAAAGGGUUUGUUUAGAGAAGGCUUAGAAGUAUUUAGGAAAAUGAAUGUUCUUGGUUGUGUUCCUUCAGUUGUUGCCUGCAAUGCUCUGCUUAAUGCUAUACAGCGAGAAGAUGAGAUUAGAUUGGCGUGGUGUUUCUAUGGCCUUAUGAUCCGGAAUGGGGUUUUACCAGAUCGAUUUACAUGGUCACUGGUUGCUCAAAUUCUUUGUAAAGAUGGGAAAUUUGAAAGAAUUCUUAGACUUUUGGAUUUGAACAUUUAUAAUUCUAUGAUGUAUAAUCUUCUUGUUGAUGGUUAUAGCAAAAGUGGCAACUUUGAUGCUGCAUUUUCCCACUUAAACGAGAUGUGUGAUAGAAAAGUGGACCCUGAUUUUAGUACUUAUAGCUCUAUUCUUGAUGGAGCAUGUAAACUUGGGAAUGUGGAAGUCGUUGAAAGGGUAACAAGUGUUAUGGUAGAGAAGAAAUUGCUUCCCAAUUGCCCUUUAUCUGAGUAUGAUUCAAUAGUUGAGAAGCUUUGUGACUUGGGCAAAAUACAUGCCGCGGAAAUGUUCUUUAAGAAAGCAUGUGAUGAAAAAAUUGGACUCCAAGAUGGUACCUAUGGGCUUGUGUUGAAGGCAUUGACUAAUGAAGUGAGAACAAAAGAAGCAAUUUCGGUUUAUCGUCUGAUUUCUGAAAGGGGUAUUGUAGUGGAUGGCAGUAGUUAUCAUGCAUUUGCAGAUGUUCUUUGCAAGGAAGAGCGGUCUGAGCAAGGGUUUGAGUUGUUAAUGGAUGUUAUAAGUAGAGGGUGUAGUCCUUCUGCAUCGGAGCUGUCCGGUUUUAUAUCAUUUCUGUGUCAUAGGGGUAGAUGGAGAGAAGCAGAGUAUCUGUUGAAUGUUGUUCUAGACAAGGGGCUUCUACCGGAUUUGAUUUGCUGUUCCCCAUUAGUGGGGCGAUACUGCUCUAGAAGACAGAUUGAUUCAGCUAUUGCAUUGCAUAAUAAGAUGGAAAAAUUGAAUGGCAGCUUGGAUGUAACAACCUACAAUGUACUUCUCAGUGGGCUGUUUGCAGCAAGGAGGAUUGAAGAAGCAAUCAGAGUGUUUGAUUACAUGAGAAGACACAACUUGAUGAGCAGUGCAAGCUUCACAAUCAUGAUCCAUGGGCUCUGUGGUGUGAAGGAGUUGAGAAAGGCAAUGAAAAUUCAUGAUGAAAUGUUGAAGAUGAGGCUGAAACCUGAUGCAGCAACUUAUAAGCGUUUGAUAUCUGGGUUCCAAUUAACCUUAUCAAACUUAGAAACUAGAAAUGAGGGUGAUGAAGCGAAGUGAGUUUUGUUUUUGUAUUCUCAAUUUUGGACAUUAAAAAGAGAAUCUUGCAAUC